AUGAGGCUCUCGAAACAUGCAAUCAAGAACGCCUCCUUCGGCAGCGAGCCGGAGUCCCUGCACGAGUUUGCGCUCACGAACAAGCAAAUCGACGACCUCGGCGACCUGGCUAUUCUGACGAACUUGCGCGAACUGAACCUUUCGUUCAAUAAGGUGUCUUCGCUACAGGAGGUCGCCAAGCUUUCUGGUCUGGUCUCGCUGAACGUCAUGAGGAACAAGGUCAAGACCCUGGCACCCCUGGCAGAGGUGAACACUCUCACAGUGCUCAAGGCCUCAAACAACGAGAUCAAGGCGCUCGAACCCCUCAAGCGCCUGACGGCUCUGAAGGAGCUGUGGCUUCAGGGAAACAAAAUAUCUGAUCCGUGCGAGUUGGCGCACUUGUCGGGAUGCGACGCGCUGACGCAUGUCGUGCUGAGGCAGAACCCUGUGGCAGACAUGCUGGGGGAGUCGUACCGCCCUGCAGUGGUGCGGCUGCUGCCGAAGCUGGCGUUCCUUGACGGCCAGCCAAUAACGGAUGACGAUCGCGCACGCGCACAGGACGCCCCAGACCUCGCAACAUAUGCGCCCGGCGAAGCUGAGGAUCCAAUUUUGGGGGCAGCCCGCUCCGCGGCCGCAGCGGCACAAGCUGCGAUCAAUGGGUCAAUGGCUGAGGUGACCAAGACGGUUGCGCAGAACCUCGACGAGCUUAGGGAUAUGUCGAAUGCACGAAUGGCAUCAGGGGGGCGCAGCGGGCAAAACCAGGCCAGCAACGGACGCCAGCGGUACAACGUUGGAGCGCGCAUCAACACAGGCGCAAAGGCGCAGAGAGCUGAGCCGUCGGCUGAAGACCUGGGUAUCGGGGACGAUGUCGGCCCGCUGGCGGCUGUGCUAGGGAAGCUUCCAGAGGUUGCGCCCGUGUCGAAGCCUGGUGUGUAUCGCCAGCCCAAGAAACCCACGCGCAGCGCCCACGUCACGGAGGCGCACAACGAGCGUGCGCACGAAGUGUUGUAUCAGGCCAAGUACAAGGGAGCUGACGGCGGGGCAGGCACCGUGGGGGUGUCGGUGCGCGGGGACGGUGCUGCGAUGACGAAAUGGCCCGACGGGGGCGUGGCGGUGACGGUGGAGUCGUCAGUUGAGGGGAACAGGAUAGUGUUCUCGGCGAUGGCCUUCUUCAGGGCGUCCGGAAAUCUAGCAGCAUCCUUCGCGCCGGAUGGGUCAGGCUGCUUGCAGUGGCCAAACGGACAAAUUCGCCUCACGUGGAACAGACAGGCCGGGGAUGGAACGUUGAUGACCAGGGACGGUCGUGUUGAGCGAAUGAUCACCAAGAAGGAUGAAGUUGUUGAUGUUCAGCUCGACGACAACCUCGCCUUUCGGAUAUGCCCGCCGGACGGCAAGGUUUACAUAUAUUUUGCGUGCGGAUCGCUGCGACACACACUGUGCCUCGGGCACAACCAGCCCUGCCACGUGUGGGAUGACGCGCCAGCUUUUGCAAGAGGUCUGGAGGACUCGAAUGGGCCGUUCGAACAGUCAGGUGGCGGCGGUGGUGAGCCCAUGUCGAAAACGAAAGGUCUCGUCUCUCCAGGUGGGAAAUCGACUUCAACCAGGCUCUUCGAAGGACUCGGCGGGCUAGGCCCUGGCAUGGACGCGGCGUUGGAUGCCCUCGGGUCAGGGUUGGCGGCCAAGAUCGCGCGGCUCAACCAGAUGGACGCGGACGCGGGCAUCGUUCACGGCGCAGGCGAGACCGACUCUGCGGCUGCGAACCCCACUGCCCGGGACGAAGCAAGCGAAGCAGCAGCCCCGGCGCGUACUCCGGCAGCUAAGCUCACAGCGGGUGCGUUGCCAAGUCAGGCACCGCCGCCAGCUGCAGCAAGGGACAUGUGA